UAGUGUCAUGUCAACUCAUUCGAUUUAGAUCCGUCAAUUUUGUCAUCAUUUUGGAUGCGAAUCGUGACUUUCAGUUUCUUGCAAGUUAAUGUGAAUAACUAUUUGUUUUGUACGUUUAAUUGUUACGUUAACUUAAUCCAGAAUGCCUAAGGUUUCAGUAAAGGUAAAAUGGGGCAAGGAGAUGUACCCAGGAGUGGAAGUGAACACAGAUGAUGACCCUGUGGUGUUCAAGGCUCAGAUCUUUGCCCUCACUGGAGUGCAGCCUGAGAGACAGAAGGUUGUGUGCAAAGGAGUCACUCUUAGAGACGAUUCCUGGGCCAACUUCAAGUUGUCUAAUAAUGCUCUGGUGCUGGUAAUGGGCAGCAAGGAGGAAGAUGUGCCAUCUGCUCCGGUGGAACAAACACGUUUCGUAGAAGACAUGAAUGAGUCCGAGCUGGCUACUGCUUUGGACUUGCCCGAAGGUCUAAUCAACUUGGGCAACACAUGCUACAUGAACGCUACAGUACAGUGCCUGAAGACAGUACCUGAACUUAAGAAUGCCUUACUUAGUUAUGAUAAGUCGUCUGGUGGUGGAACCGCGGGAGAAUUGACAUCGGCGUUGAGCGACACCAUGUCAGCGUUAGAAGGGGGCGGAGCUGGGGCGUGCGCAGGCGCAGCUGCCAAGUUACUCCGCGCCCUGCACUCUACUGCGCCACGCUUCGCGGAGCGCGGGCCUGGUGGUGGCCUGGCGCAACAGGACGCUUCAGAAUGUUGGACUGAGAUCAUCAGGGCGCUACAAGCCAGACUGCCUUCUGCACCUAAUGCUCCUGCAAAUAGGUCAUCUGUGAUUGAGCAGUACUUCGGUGGCACUCUGGAUGUGGAGUUGGUGUGCUCGGAGGCAGAGGAGCCUCCCACCCGCUCCAACGAGACUUUUCUACAACUGUCCUGCUUCAUAUCGCAGGAUGUCAAGUAUUUGCAGUCAGGACUCCGAUCUAAAAUGUCCGAGCAAAUCACAAAACUGUCACAAACUUUAGGAAGGGAUGCGAUCUACACUAAAACAAGCAAAAUCAGUCGUCUGCCAGCAUACUUAACGGUGCAAUUCGUGAGGUUCUACUACAAGGAGAAGGAGUCCAUCAACGCGAAGAUCUUGAAGGACGUGAAGUUCCCGCUGGAGUUGGACGUGUACGAGCUCUGCUCACCCGAGCUGCAGGAGAGACUCAUGCCUAUGAGGAACAAGUUUAAGGAAUACGAAGACGCAAAUGUGGAGUCGUCUCUAAGUUCGAAGAACCACGGCGAUAGUUCAAAGGAAAUUAAGAAAAAAGACCCGAUGAGAUCUGUACCCUAUUGGUUCCCUAAUGACGUAGGCAGCAACAACAGCGGUUACUACCGCCUCCAAGCGGUGCUGACACACCGCGGGCGCUCGUCGUCCUCCGGACACUACGUGGCCUGGGUCGCGCGCGGGGACUCCUGGCUGCGCUGUGAUGACGAUGCCGUCACUCCCGUCACCGAGGAGGAGGUGCUCAAGCUAAGUGGAGGAGGCGACUGGCACUGCGCAUACCUCCUGCUCUACGGGCCUAAGAUCCUAGAAGUUCCCGAAGUGGACGACAAACCGGAGCCAAUGAUCACGGAACAUGACGACGAAGACCCUCCCAUCGCCCUCGCGUAACAUCUCCAUAUAUUACAUAGCCUACAUUUGUUCCAGCCCGCUUGACUAUUCUGCGACAACUUCUGCAACUCGCACAACUUUCUUUAGCCGUUAUGCCUUACUCCUAUAUUGCUACCUGAUGAUAUGAAGUAGGAAAUAAUAACUGAUUGUAUUUAGUUCCUAUGCGCAAACAUUGGCACUAGUCUGUAAUUGUUGUAAGUAUAAUAUGUACCUAAUAAUAUUACUUGCGCAAAUGUCAUUUAUUUGACUAUAUCUGCGCUAAGUUUUGCGCAUUAUGAAAUGUGUUUUACAUUGCAAACAAUACAUAUGUAAAUAUCUAAUCAUUUAUAAAUGUUUGCCCUAACUUGGCGAAACCUUUGCGCAGUAUGCGCAUAAAUUAUUACCAAGCAUGUAUGUUUGCGCAAAAGACUGGCAAAUUGGCUGUGUAGCAGAGAUAUAUUGGAAUCGAAAUUAUCCUUCAGAGUGACAAUAUAGGAGUAUGAGAUUUAUGCAAUAUUUAUGACAAGGUGUAAUUAAAUAGUGUGUAUGUCUUAGCCGCCUACUGUAUAGAGAGACAGAGAUUUGGGUUCACUUUAUGUUCUAAAAUUAUUGUACCUUAGUCUGAAAUUAAAUAUACGCCCCAAAAAUAUUUUAUGCCAUCUUUAUAAUCAAUUCGUGUUCUUUAAUUUGCAAAUUAUUAUAGCGCAACAUGUUAUAAUAGCUUAAGAUUAUGACUAUUUAAAUUGGAGAUAAAUAAAUAUGAAAAAAAAAAAUCUUCUAGCAUAGUAGUAGUUCAUUCUACUUCGCUAUGCAUUGUCCUACCUUGGCCUCUAUUAGAGUAUAUAAAAUACAUUCAAUUCAGCUGUAGAUAGUAAAUACAAUCUAAAGAAUACUACUCUAUUGGCUUUUGGUGUCAAAUAAAAGACUUGGUAAUAGUUUCAAAAAUUUUAUUCAUACCUAUAAAUCUUAAUGUUGUAAUUCUUUGACGAAAGGCCGCAUAAAGUCAAUCAGUAGAAGGAUUAAACUAAAUCUCAAUCGUGAUUUUGUGCUCAGCCGGCCGGCUCGGCGAUCUUUGUCUCGAAUCAUACAAGCAAUAAGAUAGAUACUGUUGAUAUUAUAAACAAAGGUGAACCCUUAUAUAGCAUUUACGAAUAUUUAUACACAAAGCAGCAGCUCGGCUCAUAUUUAAAUAGCAAAAUUUCGUUAAAAUGUGUUGAAGUUUAAUAGAUGUAAGUCGCGGGUUUAGUAAUUCGUUAAUUUAUUGUAAAUUGGCAUUUUAAAUGCUGCUGUUAUUUGCGUGAAGCAUUUUCGUUUGUCACAUCUCAGUAAAUACCUAGGUUCUCUAUACAAGACGUAUUGAAUUUUAUAAGACUAAUUAUACUAAACAAUGAUCGAUAAUAAAUUUGAUUAUACAUUU